UGCGUGCGCUGUAUGCAAUUAUUCCUGCAUCAGGGCUAAGCACGCCAAAGCAGCGACCCACGCGCGCAGUCCUGCGAAGUGGAGAGAUUUCUGGGCACGUAUUCGCAGAUCACUGGCUGCCUGUGUGCACCCAGCACUGCCAUUUGAGCAGCUAUAAUGCAGCGCGAGCCCGUGCGGCGAGCCGUGAUGCUCCUCGGCUGGUCCGGCUCGAAAUUGCGACACGUGCGCAAGCACGAGGCGUGCUGGCCGUCGGGCACCGCAGUGUUCGCCGAGAACGUCACCAUUGAGGACACGUUUGCGAGGAGCGGCCGGCAAGCACUGCGCGAAAAGGCGCGCCGCCUCGUCGCCGAGGCGAAAGCGACGAAAGCCCCACGGCUCUACGCGCACAUCUUCUCGAACGGCGGCAGUAUGUUGCUGCUCGAGGUACUGUCGGAGCUGGAGCCGUUGCGCCUCGACGGCGUCGUCUACGACUCCGCCCCCUCGGCGGAGGGUACGAUUCGACCCAUUGCCGGCCCCGUGAUCGCCUAUCUCUCGGGCGGCACGCUGCGCGAGCGGCUCGCUGCAGUGUGGUCGACGCUGUGGCCGGCGCUGCUGGCGUUCCCCGUGCGGAAGGCUCAUUUAUCCCAUUUUGAUGGCUUGUAUGACGCUUCUAUCAAUAUUCCCCGGUGCGAGCUCUUCAUGUACUCGGACGGCGACCGCCUCGUCUGGCGCAGCCACGUCGAGCAAUUCGUGGCCCGGCGCCGCGACCAGGGCUCUAUCGUGGAGACGCGCAACUUCGGGAGAACUCCACACGUCGGCCACUUCCGCGCGCAACCGGAUACCUAUCGCGAGACCCUCGCCGGGUGGCUGGAGGCCGUCGAAAAGUAA